AGACCUCAGGAAUCCGAGACAUCAUGAGUUCGAUACCCCAGAGGAAGCGAGCCCGUCCCAAACCACCAGCCACAGGGCCGGGGAAGAACGACAACAUCAACAACAACAGCAACAACAGCAACAAUAAAUACAACACUCACGACAGUAAAUACAACACUCACGACAGUAAUCCCGUGACUAGCCCUUCCGGAGACUCUAGAAACACUGACGUCACAGACGAGGACGUCGGCGUGGGGUCACAAGUGAACUCUGCCCAAAGUUCAAAGGUCAGUUACGAGGAGAGUUCAGCAGUAGAACCCAGCGCAAAGACUAGCAGCAAGAACAGCGGGAGAGGAGGAGGAGGAGGUGAAUGUUCUGAAGAGGAUUAUUCUUCUCCUAAACCAAACGGAGCAACAGGCAGAGGCGGUCCUUACGACCAGAGCGCUCCCAGAAAGAGCGGCGGUCUGAAGAAAGUCUCCUCCCAGCCAGUCAUCAACCACUUUUCUCCGUCGGCGUCAGCGUCCGCGGCCUCAGCAGACGAGAACGUGACCGGAAGUGACGGAGACUUGACCCUGAGCAAACGACAGAACAAGCCGUCCAGACCCAAGACCUCAAAACUCACGUCCCGCAAAGACGUCUCGAAAUCUCUCAACCUAGACUCCUCCUCGCCGCAGAAUUCAAACGGAGCAGUGAAAAAACAGAACGGCAACAGCAGUAGCAGAAGCAGCAGCAACGGCAGCAGUAGUGGUGGUAGUAGCAACAACAACAGCAACAACAACAACAACAACAACAACAACAACGUGAGCAGACUGUCGUUGCCUAGCGACGGGCUUGCGGCGUCGCCUCGAGAGCUUAGCGACGGUAGCGAGGUCGGGGAUAAGAAGGUUUCGUUCCGGGACGAGAGGCUCGAGUCGUACGCCGACGACCUGCCCGCCGAGGCUCCUCCUACAUCAGGAGAUCCCAACAUGGCCGUCCACUCGGACAGGCAAAACGCUCUCGAGCCGCUUCAAACGGAGCGGUGGGAGAAUGUGAACGUUCACGUCCACGAGCCACCCAACACGGAACGGCGAGACCGACAAAACGCUUUGGAGCCUUCCCCAACGGAACGUGGCUCGGUGACCUCUCGAGAGAGGGUCAACUCUUUCGGGAAAAAACGUGACGUCUCGAACGCUUCUCUGGAUAAAUUAUCCGCCAUAAGCCGCGAGCAGCCGUUGGUCAACAGAUGGACGGAUAGUCCGAGGUCCGGGGACGCUUCCGGUCCGUGGAGGAAAGUGUCCAAUGAGAACAGUCUGAUCAAGUCCGCGCGGGAAACACGUGACGCGGAUUUGGCCAAUGAGGGCGCACCUCCAGACAGAUAUGGGAGUCCGAGGGAUGACUUUGAUUUCGAUCCCAGCGGAAGGAAGUUUACCAAGAAAGUCGGGAAGCACAACUUUGGG